CCCUGUGGGUAACGACGUGCUGACGUAAGAAGUGUGAACAACAAACAGUUGUUGGACUGUAACAAGCUAGCGAAUGGUAUCGCAAGAAGACAAGAACAGGUUCAGCGCAUUUCUCCCGGAAAGGGACAGACCCAUGGGACCUGAGCGGGUGAAAUACCUUAAUAACCUCACAUUAAUCUGCACUAUUACUGCCGACAGGUGUGGUAGCUUUGGAACUGUUCCCUUGUGCUAACGUUAGCCACCGAAUCAUGCUCAUUGCUCGAGUGUGAGAGCUUUCAGCGUUACGCCUGCUUUUUUUCUCUUCUGACGACCACUGCUCCUCGAGUGUUGAGAUGCGAGGGUGAGAAACAAGAGGAGAAUAUUUCCCCUUCAUACAGAAAGAAUGGACUUUGUCGAGGGGGAGCAGAGAAGAAGCAGGCAUGCGACCUUACACGGGCCUGGACGUCAUUGUUGAGCAACAAUUUUAGCAAGCUAGCCCACAUUAGCUCGGUCAAAUACAUGCAAAUGAAUCGGUUCGGUGUCGGGCACUAAGCUCACUUUGCUAGCGUAAUGGAGGCACCCUGAGGGACUUGUUCAUUUGGACUGAUUGUUGUGGAGCUCCUAAAACAACCGUGGGCAAUGUGCUGACGACCUGUGAGUCAGCCGUCGGUUUUCACUUGAAGCAUAGGACACGGUUGGUGAAAAUAAGAAGCGUGUAGUUGCCUGUAGUUGAAAAGUUGUCUGGAUUGGCAUAACAAAAUAAUUCCUGUAACAAUAUCUCUUUCGCAUAGCUAUCACGCAUUCCUCAUGUUGAUAUUUGUGUGAAAUUGCACUUUAACUAGCUCUCUUUAAGGGUGCACAAAGCCACCUGUAAUUUGAGGUUUGGAAAAAUGAUGAUUUGUUUUUCCCCUGCUACAACUAACUGUUCGAAAUACAGGUUGUGAUUGCACUUACUCAUAACUUACAGGAUAGGUGCCCAUCUAAGUAAAUUGUUGCUAUAGGUUAGAUACAGACUUAUCCAUGUCAGUUGGUCCCAAGUUACUUUUUAACUAUUUCUAGUCUGUCUGGCACAGGUAAUGACUGAGUUUCACUGGAAAUGAAAACAUGAAUAUCGAAGAGCAGUGUCUAGAUGUGUGCAAUGUUAAGACAAAAAGCAAUGUGGAUGAUGAUCACAACACUACUAACAGUACAGAAGGGGUCACACCCCGGAUAUCUGAACUGAUGACGGAUGCCAACACAGAAAUACAAAACACUGUUCCCACAGAAGUCUCGGAAACCUACCUGAUGCCUCAGCUCACUGACAACCUUCAGGCAGCCGAGCAGGACAACCAGCAGGCUCAAGAGACGCUGCAAAUUGAUGAGGUCAAUGGGAAUACAAAAGGCAGUAACAAAGACACCCCUGCUGUAGUGAACCCCACUGACCUGAUAUUUUCUAAUGAUGAGCAGCACAAGGACAACAUCGAGGUGGAGACUAUCAAAGAAGAAAAAGAUGGUGAGCCUGCAGAGUUUGCCGGGGAUGAUGGUGGGGACAUGGACAUAGGUGUGGAUCUGAGUCUUGAUGAGAGCGGGGUUCUAGAUCCUGAACCAACAGACAACUCGGUAUUCUUGGACAAUACUUUAGACUCCGAGUCCAAGCUGGAUGUCCCAGCUGGCAGCACAGCUGAGAGCCCGUCAGAUGCAGACCUGAGUAGCAGCACAGAAGCUGCCCCCACAGACCAGGCUGGACUGUACCCCACUGUGGAGGAGGGGGACGAUAUACACAGGCAGAGUGGCAAAAGGGUAACAUUCCCCUCAGAUGCGGAUAUAGUGUCUGGUGCAGUCGAGCCCAAGGACCCCUGGAGACAUGCUCAGAAUGUGACGGUGGAGGAGAUCCUCUCUUCCUACAAACAGGCUUGUCAGAAACUCAACUGUAAACCCAUACCCAAAGUGCUCAAGCAGAUACAGGAACUGAAAGACCUGACACAGCGAAAUGAAUGCUUAGAUCUAAAAGGUGAGAAGCUUGACUACAAAGCAUGUGAGUCUCUGGAGGAGAUUUUGAAGAGGGUCCAGUUUAAAGUGAUAGACCUGGAGCAGACCAACUUGGAUGAAGAUGGAGCAUCAGCCUUGUUCGACAUGAUCGAGUACUACGAGUCAGCCACCCAUCUCAACAUCUCGUUCAACAAGCACAUCGGCACGAGGGGAUGGCAGGCCGCUGCUCACAUGAUGAGAAAGACAAGCUCUCUGCAGUACCUGGAUGCACGUAACACCCCUCUGCUGGAUCACUCUGCUCCCUUUGUUGCACGAGCGCUCAGGAUCAGCGGCAGCCUGGCAGUCCUCCACCUGGAGAACGCUGGCCUCUCUGGCAGACCUCUCAUGUUACUGGCUACGGCUCUGAAGAUGAAUAUGAACCUGCGGGAGCUGUACCUGGCAGACAACAAGCUCAACGGUUUGCAGGACUCGGCCCAACUUGGCAACUUGCUCAAGUUUAACUACAACAUUCAGAUCCUGGACCUGCGCAACAACCACAUCCUGGACUCAGGUCUGGCCUACGUGUGUGAAGGACUGAAAGAACAGAGGAAGGGCCUUGUCACUUUGGUGCUAUGGAACAACCAGCUCACGCACAAUGGCAUGGGAUACCUAGCUGCUGCACUGCCGUGCACCCAGAGUCUGGAGACUUUGAACCUCGGCCAUAACUCGGUGGGCAAUGAGGGAGUCCACAAGCUGAAAGACGGUCUGAUUUCCAACCGCUCUGUACUCAGACUGGGCCUCGCUUCCACCAAACUGUCCUGUGAAGGAGCGGUGGCCGUGGCUGAAUUCAUCGCUGAGAGCCCCCGGCUGUUGCGUCUCGACCUUCGAGAGAAUGAGAUCAAGACAGGCGGACUGAUGGCUCUGUCGCUCGCUCUGAAAGUCAACACCUCUCUGCUGCGUCUAGACCUGGACCGGGAGCCCAAGAAAGAAACUGUGAAGAGCUUCAUUGAAACCCAGCGUGCUCUGCUGACAGAGAUACAGAACGGCUGCAAGAGAAACUUCAUCUUUGCGAAGGAGAAGGAAGAAACGGAGCAGAAGAUGAGGCAGUCUGCAUCCAUGGCUGAAAUCGCCACAGAGGACGGGACUAGAGAAGAAGAGGAGGAGCCAGCAGCAGAGGAGAAAGACAAAGCAAAGGGGAAAGAGGGAGAAGCAACAGCAACAGCAAGUGAAGAACAGACAAGCAGCCAGUCAGGAGAGACCUCUGAACCUAGCGUCCCUCAGAUUCACCUGGAGUCAGACUCAGACACAGAGGAGGAGGAGGAGGAGGAGGUCGUAACAAAGUCUUCUUCUCUUUUAAACUCCUCCACUCACUCGAACCAGACUGCUCCUGAAAUCCAGACCGCAGCCGUGCAGCCUCUCCUCAGUGCCUCAAGUACGCCCUCGCCCCCACCUGUCGGGGGGUCGAAUGUCAUUCCAGGCAUCAAAGUUCCAGAAUCCACAGCUCCUCCCAGCAGCCCUCAAUCUCCUGGUCGCUGUAUAUCCGUGUCUAGUCCUGGGAGGGGUCACAAAAUCUUCAUGGUGACCCGAGUGGAGAGCCCGCCUGAGCAGCAGCAGCAGCAGCUCCAGCUGCAGAGAAGUGCACCAAAAGAGGCCUCAAAGAAGCCCGCAGACGUGAACACACAGCCAACACAACCACCGCCCUCAUCUCAAACACAACUGACACAGGAGGAGGUGAAGGAGAGCUCCCCUGCUCCAUCAUUAGACUGUAAAGUGACAGAGCAGAGUCCUGUAGCACACUCAGAGUCUGCACUAAAUUCCACACAGACCCACACAUUAGAGCCCCAGUCUAACAGUCCACCCACAGAGGAUGUGACAGCUAGCACUUUAGACCCAGAGGUGACAGAUCCAAGUCCAGCCCUGCAUUCAAAUGUCCCGUCUGAGCAGCUCACAGAGGAGGGAACAGAGAGCAAUAAAAGACCCCAAACUGAGCCUACUUUAGAGGAAGAAAAGAAGCAAGGGGAGGAGGAAGGUGUAGAAGAUGAGGGACAUGUGAUGUCCCCUAAUAGCGAAGUAGAAGAGAGUAAACAGUUAGAUGAACUCAACACUAGUAUCUCUGCAGCAGAAACACAGCAGCCAUUGUUAGCAUCUACUGCAGAACAGCUACAGAACGAGCUAGCGUCUGCCUCAGAGGAGACUCAGUCACUGAACCAAACAGCAGAAGAAGUAAAAGAGUCACUUCCACUGCAGGGAAAGCAUGAAGCACCAGCCGACUUGUUGGAAAAUGAAAAACCAAGUUUAACAGAGGAAGAGUGCAUUCCACCAAGCCAAGAGGAGCCGUGUCCAAAGCAGCAAACAGAGGCAGAAAACCAGGAAGAAGAGCUUGUUCUGUCUGCGCACACUGAUCAACAAACACCAUCUGUCACUCAAGAGGGAGCUCAGGAGUCAGAUCUUCAAGGAGGUGAAGCCUCAGAGAGUCCCGAACCUGCACCGGUCAAAGAAGAGGAGUCACCUGACGAGAGCUCUGCAGACGAGGGGGAGUGUUUCUCUGAGGCUCAUGAGGAGGAUGUGGUCGCCUCAUCUCUGCCCAACGGCCUGAAGCCUGAGUUCUCCCUCCAUCUGCUCGAAGCUGAGAGCCCCAAACCCGGCAGCUGUGUGAUGGAGCACGUGAGCGUCAGCUGUGGACAGGAUCUGGAGGAACUGCUGCUAGAAGCCAGUUUGGAGGCGGGGAGGGAUGCACCAUGAGGAGUAAGGGACCGUGACGACAGGAAAACAGCACUUGGAUAGUUUGUCUGGCUCUGCUACAUGACUGGUUACCCUCAAAUGUUUUUGUUGUUUCUUUGACUUUACCACCAAUAAGAACUUUCUGCUAAAGAGCAGAAGAGGUGGUGGAACAGUUGGAAGCUCUAAACACAAACACACAAACAAAUUAUGGAAAGACACAAAGGACAAAAUCAACUUCAGGAUCUUGGCUGUGACUGAUAAAAAAGGAAUCCUCUGCAUCCACACUACAUCAACCACUGAAACACACACAAGCGCACACUGAGUAUGAGGAGGAGGGAAUUAAAUAAGAAAUAAAAUCACCCUGUUAUCACUACAUUUUGUCAUUCUGCAAUCUUUACAAACAAUAGGUCACCUGAGAGUGAUAAAAAGGAGAAAUGGUGGACAAAACACUAACCAAAGACAGAUCUUCCUCGCAGACCUGCUCCUCGCUUUCAUGUAGAUGUCCACUGUAGCUUGGGAAAUAACUAGGUAUGAAGGUUUUUAACAUUCAAACACACACACAAAGACAUGAUGGCGAUAUGAGAAAGUUGGAGUUGACGGCACAAUCACAAGACAAACUAACGGUGAUGGACUCUGCUGUGCUGACCUGCUGGCUUUAAGCACUCGUUCCAGAGGAGGACGAAGGUCACAAAGGCUUUUUUUAUCUGAGGAAGCUGAAGAUGUUAACCUGUCUGUUUAAAUGUCAACGUUUCAUGUCUGUGUUCCCUCUUUCCCCGCUUCAGAAAGAAAGAGAAAAAAACUCUGAACGGACCUCUGCCAAAGUGACCUCCCGCUUCAUGUUGUCUCAUCCUCUGCUCACUUUGGCCCCUCAGGAAUCAUCACCCCCCCCUUCUUGUCAGUCUCCACAGAUCUGACACGGAGGAGAGAGUCGCAGCACUUUGCUCCCCAGCUGGAAACCCCUGAAUGUUGGAAAGCAAGAUGUAUGCUUUUUGUUUGAGUUAUUUGCUGUUUAAAAAAAUCUAAAUUUCAUCCCUUGAUUUCUGCAACGUUAGACCAUAUUAUUAUUUUAUUUUUCAUGUUCACAAGAAGCAGCUCUGUCGUCACCUCCCCCUCCUUGCCUCUCAGUUUUCCACACCUCACCUCCUCUGCUCCGUUGUAUCGUUGUUGCCUUCAAAUGCACCACUUCAGAUUCAGUCUGCUGUCCUUUUUUUUCUUUUGGCUGCUUUGAGAAAUCAGUUGUUUUGUAUUUAUUUUAUGAACCUUUUCUCACUUAUUUUCCCCUCUUUUUCUAAUUUACCUCUUCGUUUCCAUUCUGGGGUUGCUUUCAAAGAUUAGCCCCUUUUGAUGUAUAUUUCAGAUUUAAGCUAGAGCAAAUAUUUAGAUUUUUCUUUUUUUUUCCAAUGGGGAGGGCGGGUUCAUCUGUGUUGGUUGGAGGAAAAUAAAUAUGAUGUAGAGGUUGAUUAUGGUGGUAUCAGUUGGGGUGAAGAAAUUGAAACAUACAAAAGAAGCAGCAAACAAACCAGUUUCCAUCCAAGUCCUCAAAGGUUGAACACUACUCUGCUGGGUGAAGCUGUGGCUACAAGGGGGCGCUGGUGGCUAGGCUAGGAUUGUUUUCCAACAGUAGAGCUGGAAGUGAAUCAUGAACAACACUUUGCAGUCGCUACCGUCUCUGUUGAAAUCCAUAUCCUGUCCUGAGAAUUACUAUGAAAUGUCAGCUUCAUAUUUCAUCAGGAUGACACUUUAUCCCUAAAGCAGAGACAGGUUUCCUUUUUUUUCUGAAAAGCUGCACCAUUCAACCCUCCUGCUCUUCUCCACCCAACAGAUGGUUUGCCCCCACUGUCUGUUAUGCUUUAAUUUUUAGAAAUUUUUAAUAAUAAUUUGUUAACUUAAUUGAAAUGUGCUGGUAAUCACAAAGAUAUGUAUGGCGAAAUUUGUUCCUCUCAAAUAAAUGCAUGUAAUGACUAA